AUCCCUUCAUCUGCGCCUGUCCAUUUUAUAGAGUUGCCAUGUGUCGAAAUCUCACAUGUUUUAUACACGAUGGGCAAAUUGGCAGAAGCCAAAACAGUCCUCCUUAUAUCAGCUUAUUUGUCAUACGGGUAUAAAUGUCAUCUUAUCACACGUGCGGGACCACAUGUGUGCUAAUUUGACCACUUAACCAUCUCUAACGGCAAAAAUAACAGAAUGGGGCAUUUUGAUAAGAUUUUGGGACAUUUCAAUCUUUUCCCUAACUUCCGGGACAUUUUCACAACUUUGGAGUCGAUUUUGGGGCAUUUGCCAUUUAACUCUAAAUUUAAAUAAACCUUCAUGCCUUUUGCACGAAGGUUCGUGAUAUGGACUUACCAGAUAUUUAAUUAUCUACUCCUAUUAAAUAAAUUUAAUCUUGCUUAAGCAUGAUGAGGACAUUUGGCAAGAAAUAACUAGAAAUUUCUCCCGAACAGACUGUCAAAGUAAAAGUAGUUUUGGAGAGUGACUGUGUCGACAACCGGAACUGUCCCCUUAAAUUUAUUAAGAAACUAGCUAACUGAAUUAGAACGUUGACAAAAACACGCUGGAGACAUGGUACUCGGACAAAUCACUUCCACAAGCUACAGCUAGAUAUGUAAAAACUGAAAUUAGAUGAAUGCAUGAAACGAAAGAGUCUUCUAAUGCUUAUGCGCAACCCCCUUCAAAUACAGGAACCAGCAACUUUACCACUUUGAUAGGGUCCAUAGGGAGGCAUUAGAUCGAAGUUCUGUCGGUCUUUUCUCCCAGAGCUUUGUUAAAAAACAAAGGGGUUCACAUGAGGAGUUACACCGAUAAUACCAGAAGGAAGAGAAGUGUCAUCUUCAUCCCAAAUUGACUCUCAGUCUCCAAUUUUCUGUACACUAUAAUUAAAAAUCACAGAGAAGAUAAAUAUUGUACACUAUAAUUUGGGAGAAUAUUGGAUGCGGUUGCGUUUUUUAGAUUUUAAUUAAACUAAAAAACUAAUAUAAUAAAAUGGGAUAACCAUUGGUUAAGAAGGACCAAUGAGAUUUGUUAGGAUAGAGACUACAAGAUCGUUUCAAGUAAGACUCUUUUAUUUGCAGAUACAAUACAAUCAGAAUUUAGCAGAGUGGCAAUGGAUAAGCACAAAACAUGCGUACAACAAUAGUAACCAGAAUUAAAAAAAUAAUAAUAAUAAUAAUAACGGGCCCUAGCUCAGCUGGUCAACCCAGUUCUUCAAAAGUGAUGUGUUCCAGGAGGUCCCAGGUUCGAGUCUUCGAUGGCGUAACAUUGCAGGAAUUAACAUGGAAGGUGUUGUUAGCUUGCCCCCUUGUGCCACAAUCUCGCCCCCGGUUUCUUAAAAUUUAUAACAAUAAUAAUAAUAAUAAAAGAAGAAGUACUGAUAUUACAAAUUGAAUCGAUUUAAGGAAAUCAUCAUCUGGUUUCUUAUCAUUGCCAAAUUGGACAAAAAAGGGAAAGAAGUAUUUGCAAGGAGUUAGAAGUCUGUUAGGUUACAAGUCAUUCUACAAAUGGGCAGAAGAAAAACUUGAAUGUUCAAUCCUUUUCAGGAAAAUGGAUGGUAAAACACCUAAAGACUUCUAGCAGCGUUAGUACCACUGACAUAUAUAGUGGCCCUAAAGCGACCAUGUACCCGCCAUAGAAUCUAUUACUUUUUCAAUGAUGUCAGUAAUUACCAACCAUAUGAUAUGCCAUAGAUUUCCCGCAAUAUAACAAGUAUUCUAAAAUCAGCGUUUAGGAAAAUCUAAACUCACCUCGUACACCACUUUAAAGAGCCGUGUAUGGAACUGCUACUCAACAAAGAACAAACCACCUUGGAUCCGUAACUGCUCCAAUCAGUAUGUAAUUAAUUUAUUUACGAAAUAAUAAAUUUUUGGCUAUAUAUAACCCUAAGACAUUAUCUUGAGGUCUAAUUCAAAGCGAAAUGGCUGAAAUCAGUAAGCUUGAGGUUGAGUGUAAAGCUAAGUGCUCUGCGGUGAAGUUUUUCUCUAUGAUGACUCGUGAUGCACUCAAGCUUCCAAAAUAUGCUCCUCAUACAAUCCACAAUGUCCAAGUUCUCCCUGGAGACGGUGAAGUUCGAGCAGGAAGCGUUUAUAUUUGGGUUUAUAAACUCGAUAAUAAACCUUCUGCCGUCACCACAAAGGUGAAGGUAACUGCGCUGGACCAUAAGAACUUGUCAUUAACUUUCACAGUUACUGAAGGAUACCUCACGGAUGAUUACACAAGUUUCUCUAACACACUUACUACUACUACACAGAGGGAUGGAAACUAUAAUUGCCUUGUGAAGUGGUCAGCACAAUAUCAGAAAGCGAAUAAAGAUGUACCUGAUCCAACAUACGUUAUGAAAAUGCUGGAAGAUUUUACCAAGGAAUUGGAUACCAAUUUGCUCAAGGAACGGUAGACUCAGACAAGAUUUAAUUAUCUAUAUAGAUGAUUGCAGGAAGCUACAAGUUUGUGCUGGAUGUUUAAACAUAUUAGACAUCUAAAUAAAGUUGUAAUAUGGAUUUAUCAAAUACCAAAGUACGAUAUGAUAUUGCUUAA